AUGGCUCUCCCUCGUGCAGUUGCCCUUGCAUGCAACUUCCUCGUUCAAAAGCCUACAGCAGCAGCAGCAGCAGCAGCAGCAGCAGCAGCAAGAAGAGCAGCAGCGACUGCAGCAAGACCGACAGCAGCAACAACAGCAGCGAGAUCGGCAGCUUUCAGCAGCAGCAACACAUGCAGUAGCCAGGCUGCCCGCUGCGCGCAGCAGCAGCAAGAACAGCAGCAGCAGCAGCAAGAACAGCAGCAGCAGCAGCAGCAAGAUCAGCAGCAGCAGCAGCAGCAGCAGCAGCCCACAGUGGAGCAGCUGCUGCAGGCCGUGCAGCUGUACCGAGCCAUACAGCGGCAGCACCGGCGGCUGCUGCUGCCGCUGUCUGCUGCUGCAGUUCGUUUUGCAAACAAAUUUGCUGCUGCUGAAUUCAGGGCAAACGCAGCAGCAGCAGCAGCAGCCAUCCGCAGCAGCAGCAGCAGCAGCAGCAGCAGCGCCUCAGCGGGGGGCGAGCAGCAGCAAGCAGCAGCAGCAGCAGCAGCACAACUGCCCCCAUCAAGCGCCACACAGGAACACCACCACCAUCAGCAGCAGCAGCAGCAGCAGCAGCAGCAGCAGCAGCAGCAGCACUCUUUUGCUUCUUUUGGGGUUUUUUUGAAAGAGUGGCGCAGCUAUUUAGCAGCAGCAGAAGCAGCAGCAGCAGCACGCGGGCUGUCUAGACAGCUGAAGCCCUCGCUGCUGCAGCAGCUGACGCAGCAGCAGCGGGAAAGUUUGGGACUUUUGAAAAAAGCAAUUUUGCAAAAUAAACAAAAACCUUAA